AUGAGACGCGAGACAUUGCUCAAGCGACUCUUUAAUAAACGUUGUACUAGUCCAGGUGCUCGUUGUUCUGCUAGUAGAGAAUGUUGUGGCACUUCUAAUACCAAUGGUGCUUGUGCUUGCAAUGCUGGUACAAAUGACUGUCAUUGUACUUAUGGUGGUGAGUUUUUAACCGAUUCUGGUGGUUCCGUUUCAAACAGCCGAAGAUAUCAAAGAAAAUAA